AUGGGCAGAAAAUUCUUCGUCGGUGGAAACUGGAAAUGCAAUGGGACCACUGAGGAGGUGAAGAAGAUUGUUACUACUCUGAAUGAAGCCAAAGUCCCUGAAGAAGAUGUUGUGGAAGUUGUUGUGAGUCCACCUUUUGUCUUCCUUCCUCUGGUAAAAAGUUUGCUGCGCCCUGAUUUCCAUGUCUCGGCACAGAAUUGUUGGGUUCGCAAAGGUGGUGCUUAUACAGGAGAAGUUAGUGCUGAAAUGCUUGUUAACUUGGGAAUUCCUUGGGUUAUUAUUGGUCACUCUGAACGGAGACAGAUUUUGCAAGAAUCAAAUGAGUUUGUGGGAGAUAAAGUUGCAUAUGCACUUUCACAAGGUCUGAAAGUUAUUGCAUGCAUCGGGGAGACCCUUGAACAGCGUGAAGCUGGUACAACUACAGCCGUUGUUGCUGAGCAAACAAAAGCAAUUGCAGAUAAAAUAUCAAACUGGGACAAUGUUGUUUUGGCCUACGAGCCAGUUUGGGCCAUUGGAACAGGAAAGGUUGCCACUCCUGCUCAGGCUCAAGAGGUUCAUGCUGCUUUGAGGAAAUGGGUUCAUGAUAAUGUGAAUGCCGAAGUUGCUGCAUCUGUAAGAAUUAUCUAUGGAGGUUCUGUAAAUGGAGGCAACUGCAAAGAAUUGGCAGAACAGCCCGAUGUUGAUGGAUUUUUGGUUGGUGGUGCUUCCCUCAAGCCGGAGUUCGUGGACAUCAUAAACUCUGCCACCGUGAAGAAGAAUUGA